AUGAGAGUACUGCUUGGUGUACUGUACUUGGUUACGGCCAAUUUUGCAUAUCAAGCGCCAACAAUUGAUGUAGAGGAACAUUUAGUACAGAAACAUGCUAGCAUCGGCCGAUUUAUUGAGUUGAAAGAACACGACACACUUAUUCUGAAAUGCCAUGGUCGCUUUGGUAUGUUUUCUCCCUCUCAAAAUUGCUCCAAUACCCUCUUCUUUUCAGAUGACCUCACAUUCAAAUUUCCCAGCAUGGAUGGCCACUUUGGAUUCGACCCGAUCGCGUUUCAAAACCGAGUUGAGGAAGAAAUCGACGACGGAUUUGGAGACACCGUCCUAACUAUCACCGACGUCAGAGAAUCUGACACCGGCACGUAUUCAUGCGUCUCCGAGGAACAUUCAUCGUUAAAUGACACAAUCCAUGUGUUUGUUCACGGCGCCCAAGUUUUCCUUCCGCUUACUUCGGUGAUGUUUCGAUACACAGAAGGCGACGACAUCAUUGUGCCAUGUAAAACGACAAAGUUUGUUGAGAAAAACGAUAUUGAGUUGUAUGCCAAUGAUGCGCUUAUCAAGUCGGCUAGUAAGAAUUUCGAUCAACGCGUUGGAUACCAAAUCACCAAGAAACUGUAUGAUAUGAAAUCCAUCGACGUGGUCACCUUCACAUGUAAACACAAAAAUGAGCCCAAACAAGAAGUCGAUUACACCAUUUCUGUGAAGGAGAACGACGAUUUGGACAACGAUUUCAAAUUUUACUGGGAUAAGGGAUUCGAUUGGCCACACGUGGGAUACAACUACUCUCAGACUUGUCAUCUUGUGCACAAUGGAACAAAGGAGUUCGCUCCUUUCUAUCAUGAGCUACAUAUCGAGUGUGAUGAAUGCUCCAAUACAAUGGGAAGUCAUGUUUUUGUUGAGAGACAUCGCUUAAGCGGAAAUCAAAUCUCCACGACCUUCCGUAUUGAGCACUUGGAGCUUGAAGACACUGCAACCUAUAAAUGUGUUUGGAACUUUGACAAGAAACUUUUCAAAACUAUCGAUUACGAGUUGCAUGUUGCUCCAACAAGACCUCAAAUCAAGUUGAUCGAGAGAAGCCCACAAAUUCUACGAGUCAAAGAAGUAAAACAGACUAGCCUGUCAGCAAAAUUCGCUGUUUAUCCACUGGAUGGAGAGAGCUACACAGCAACAUGGAGUAGAACAUACAACUCGUCCAUUAAAGUCGGACCACAAAGUGAAACAAUCAUCACUGACGAGCUUCGGACCGUUUCUGCAAAGAAUUUUGGAAAUGGAGUGUUCUCUGAAACUCUGGACUUAAAAAGUGGAGCGAUGACGACAAGCAUGAGUGGAACGUACCGCCUGUCUAUCUCACACAUGAAUACCAGUCAGAGCGUGCAAUGGGAGGUUGCAAUUGAAAACGAGCAGCCAGAUGUGCAAAUUACGGUCCGUGAACCGUCUUCGUUUAUUGUUUUCAACCAGCAAUUUUAUCCACCUGACACCCACCUCCACAUUGAUUGUGUCUCCAUUUCGAUACCUCCAGCAGAUGUUACAUUCGAGCGGAAGAAUAGAGAAAGUGGCGAUUUCGAGGAGAUUGAUCGGGAAUUAUUGAUGAGUGUUGGAGGAAAUUUCGAGAGAGGAUUCAUUUGGAACACGACCCUAUAUGACGAUACAGAACUCAGAUGUACGAGCACCCGGAAUGGAAAUAAGUACACUGCCAUCAAAUCCAUCAUUGUCGCCGACGAAGCUUUCACAGUCUUCUCUGCCAUCGAGAAGAGCGACAAAGCUACAUCAUUGGAACUUCCAAAUGUAAUCUACGAGGGAGACAAUGUGAAAUUAACCUGUGUCGUACCAAAUGGAGCAGCUGAUUGGAAUGUGUCUUGGAGAUUCAAAAACAACGAUUUGGAAUCGUCGGAUACAGAAGUUAAAGGACAUUCAAAGCUUGUGGUGCUCGAUUUGAAAGACAUCACACCAAGCUCCAGUGGAAAAUACCAAUGUGUUGUCAAGAAGGGCGAAUCCGAAGAGUUCCAAGAAAUCGUGCUUAAAGUGGAAAGCAUUUCCAAACCAUAUCACACGGACGCUGAAUCUCGUUCAACGGUUACUGUCAACUACGACGAAACGUUUGUUAUCGAUUGUGGAAUGACUGGAAAUCCACUUCCGGAUGUAAAAUGGUUCAAAGAUGGACAUCCAUAUACUAGUGGUGAUAUGGAAGGGAGUAUUCUCAAAGUGAGCAGAGCUCGUGCUGAGGAUGAUGGACAAUUCCAGUGUUUAGCUGUGAACCGUGCUGGACUCACCAGCAAUUUCAUCGAGGUUCAAGUCGACAACGUCCCUGAACGAUCUUCAUUCUUCUACUGGUUCUUAACAAUCCUCGUCCUCGCUGCCAUCAUUCUAAUUUGUUAUCUUUUCUACAAACUCCGAGCCAACAAGAAGAUCACUAAACAGAAAGACAUACAACUAAACAUGUUAUACCUCAUGAAGCAGAACGAUCCGGGACCACUGCCUGAGAAUCUGAAACUGCUUCCCAUUGAAGAACGCGCCGACUAUCUUCGGUAUCCCGAAGAAUUUGAAAUUGCCAGAGAAAAUUUGGAAAUUUGUGAGAAAAUCGGCUCUGGAAUGUUUGGAUUUGUCAAUAAGGGAUAUUUGUCAAUGGCAGAUCCUAAAAGUCAAAUCGAGUACAAAACACGUCUUCCAGUUGCUAUUAAAAGUACAAAAAAAUCAUUUGACAUGGAGCUUCAGACAAUGUUGUUCGAAGAGUUGAAAAUCAUGUGUGCCAUUGAGAAACAUCCCAAUGUAAUUUCUCUUAUCGGUGCUGUCACGACUAACAUGAGAAAAGGAGAGUUCUAUCUUGUCACCGAAUACGCUGAUAAUGGGGAUCUUCUGAACUACUUGCGAAAACACAGAGAGACAUUUCACAAUACGCUAAUCGACAUGGGAGAGCCAGUCAUAGAUGAAAACUAUUUGGUGCCGAAUAGCAUUAAAAAGAAGAAGUACCUGUUUGAUGAUCAACAAACCGAAUCUACCCGACUCCUUCCCUCUGGUGACCACUUGUCCACAUCGGAUCUUCUGUCUUUUGCACUUCAAAUUGCAAAUGGAAUGGAGUUUUUGGCGGCUGUACCGGUAAGAAUUUUAAUAAUUUUGACGUCAUCAAACUCAUCAAUUUCAGUGUGUCCAUCGAGAUUUAGCUGCACGAAAUGUAUUGUCACAUCCUCAAAAAUCUGCAGAAUUGCCGAUUUUGGACUUGCCAAACGUUACACAGAUAAAAAUUACUAUAGGUAUGAUCCUUUCAAAUUUCCAACAAACAACUUGAACAAAAAUGUUUCAGAAUCAAAAAUGGCAAACAAGUUACUCUUCCCGUCCGUUGGAUGGCUCCGGAGUCUGUACAAACGUAUAAAUUCACUGAAAAGACUGAUGUUUGGUCGUAUGGUAUCACGCUUUAUGAAAUUUUCACGUUGGGUAACCGACCGUAUGCUCAAGUCCCAAAUGAACAACUCGAAGAAUUUUUGCGAAGUGGAAUGCGGAACGAACAACCGGAAUACUGUCAUGACGAUCUGUAAGUUUUUUAAUACUAGUGUUCAAUUGAUUUUCGUCAAGAUGAACUUGAAAUUGAUAAGGUACGCACUUAUGAAAAACUGUUGGCACAAAUCCCCGGAUGUUCGUCCAAACUUCAACACAUGUGUCCACUACCUAAAGGCGCACCUGAAGGAAUGUGCUGGCGAGGUAAGAUUUUUUGCUCAUUUUAUUAGAAAAAACUUUGCGGUUUGCAACUCCUACAAUUUUGAUUUCCAGCUCCUCAACCGUGUCGACGGCCAACUUCACUUGGAGCUUGAAGAGCAGUACAAACUAGAAGAAUGGCUGAUGAAAAAUCGCCCAGACAUUCAAGGAGGAACAUUCACCAGAAAGCCAAAAAAUAAUGAAGAAGAAGAAGCACCUACCGAACGAUAUCUCAUUGUGGAAAGUUCCACUUGA